AGAUUUCGAUCCGGAAUUGUCGACCAGGCGGGAGCCGGAAAAGUUUCGUCCCAAAACCACCACGUGUUUAAAACAAACAAAAGCUGCCACACAUCGAUAACAAUCCGGCCACAUCCAUGCUCCAUGCUAUUGAAUGGUCAUAAUUUGCUGUUCAUUUGCAGAAGAAAAGUCACACUUUAGAACAUUAGAAGUGUCUUUAAGUCAUUCAAGAUUGUAAUGCGAAUGACAUUAACCGGAACCGGAUACGUCAGCCUGUUAAGUUUUUGCUCCCGACCCGUGCAGCAGAAUUGCUCCAAAAUAUGACUACAUGAGCCACACCGUUAAAGCAACCUUUACCGAGCACAUCAAAAUCAAAAUCCGUUGGUCCUCACCUUCUGCUUCAUCGUCCCCAAGCAGAUCGAACCGUAACAGCCGCAGCGCCACCCCCAACAAAACUUCUUCGAACAACCAGCACCAGAACAGCAACGCCAGUAAAAUGAGCGACCGCAAGGCAGUGAUCAAGAAUGCCGACAUGGGCGAAGAGAUGCAGCAGGAUGCCGUCGACUGUGCGACGCAAGCCCUGGAGAAGUACAACAUCGAAAAGGAUAUCGCCGCCUACAUCAAGAAGGAAUUCGACAAAAAGUACAACCCCACCUGGCACUGCAUCGUUGGCCGAAACUUUGGAUCGUACGUCACGCACGAAACGCGCCACUUUAUCUACUUCUACCUGGGACAAGUUGCGAUCCUUUUAUUUAAGAGCGGUUAAACAUGCUAGGAGCCCCCUAGCAGCAGCAAGUGAGCGAGCGAGAAGGAGAAGAAGGGAGGCUGUUCCGGGAAGCAGGGAGUACAACUUGUAGCGUAUAUAAUUCUGUGUGUUUGAAUACAGAAGAGCGUAUGGAGCGGACCGAUCAGCAGCCAUUAGGGUAGUGUGGAGUAUACUAGCAGCAGCAACAGCAGAGAAGGAGGAAGAAGCAGUCCGGAACACAUUCUAUUUACUAUUUUAACUUGUAUUCUCGAAAACGAAUUUCAUUAGCGCAAAUUCAACCCAUCCAGAGGUGUAAAACCAAAUCUUCAAGAGAGAAAAAUGAAACCGAACAGUCCGCGGAACGUCACCGGUCGUCAAAAAAGCGUCAAAAGACGACCAAAAACUAGCGUCCCAGACUCCACAGGACUCAACCACUCAUACACACUCAAAUAAACACACAAAUUCAAACCAACAGGCAGCAUAUAGUUUAUUGAAAAAUAGAAAUGAAACAACGGCAGAUGUGAAAAAUCUACAUCAACAAAAUCCUGACUUCUCAAUAGUCAACCAGUCAACAAAUGAACGACACACACACCCAGUGAUAUCUGAUUGUUACUUCAUCAGCUGAAUACAAGAAAACAAAACCAAAAUCACAGAAUAAUAAAAACAAAUUAACGAUACCUUCUCAAACAAAAGCGCUCUGAAUGUUUAGUUUUUCCUCAUGAUGAAAACAAAGUCGAUUUAGGGAAAGCACUUUUUAGAAACAGAAAUCGUAAAUCUGAGAAAAUUCUAGUAGAUAAUUGAUGGUUUGAUUUUUAUAAGAAAUUGUUUUGUUUGUAAAAUGGUACCUUACAAAAUAAAGGAAGGAAGUAAAGAGAAGUUAGCAAAACAAGAAUGAUAUGAAGCAAAAGAACGGUAUGGGUUGGAAGAAUUUUUCUAAACACAUGUUUCUUCGGUUAGUUUUCUGCUAGACGGAAGGGAGAACUUAAAUGGUAAUGCCUAGUGUAGUUUAACGAAAAAUGGCGUCAAUGAGACACUUGGCCUAGCCAGCGUACCAGUUGACGCGUAACUUUUUCGUUAAAUAACGUUAGAAUGAACUGAUGAUUCCAUUUGUAUUUUUUUUUGUUCACGUGCGAGAAGUUUUAAUUGAAUAAAUGAUAUCAAUGCAGAUUAAA